AGUCGAGUCUGGAGUAUCGAGGUUUCCGAGACGGUUAGUGCUUCAUGACCUGCGUAGCUUAAGAAGGAGCUGGAAAAGAUGUCUCGAGCUAUUCAUCUUCCAGUCCCUUGUCCUGUUCAGCUUGGUACUUUAAGAAAUGACUCCUUGGAAGCUCAGCUACAUGAGUAUGUCAGACAAGGGAACUAUGUGAAAGUGAAGAAGAUUCUUAAGAAAGGAAUUCAUGUUGAUGCAGUGAACUCCCUGGGCCAGACGGCACUUUUUGUUGCAGCAUUAUUAGGCCUUACAAAACUAGUUGAUGUUCUGGUGGAUUAUGGAUCAGACCCAAAUCAUCGCUGCUUUGAUGGGAGUACCCCUGUCCAUGCAGCAGCAUUUUCAGGCAACCAGUGGAUCCUCAGCAAAUUGCUGGAUGCCGGGGGUGAUCUGCGACUCCAUGACCAGAAGGGUCGAAAUCCACAGACCUGGGCCUUGACAGCAGGAAAGGAACGUAGCACCCCGAUGGUGGAGUUCAUGCAGCGCUGUGCCUCGCACAUGCAGGCCAUCAUCCAGGGCUUCUCUUAUGACCUGCUGAAGAAGAUAGACUCCCCACAGCGGCUCAUCUGCAGCCCGCCCUGGUUUGGGGGCCUCAUGCAGGGAAACUCUAAUGGCUCUCCUAACCGACUGCUUAAAGCUGGAGUUAUUUCUGCCCAAAAUAUCUACAGCUUUGGCUUUGGAAAGUUUUACCUUACAGGAGGGACACAGCUUGCCUAUCUAGGAUCUCUUCCAGUCAUUGGAGAAAAGGAAGUGAUUCAAGCUGAUGAUGAGCCCACCUCCUCUUUCUUCAGUGGCCCCUACAUGGUCAUGACCAACCUGGUAUGGAAUGGGAGCAGGGUGACAGUGAAAGAGCUGAAUCUCCCCACCCACCCACACUGCAGCAGGCUGCGGCUGGCCGACUUGUUAAUUGCAGAGCAAGAACACAGCAGCAAGUUACGGCACCCCCACCUACUGCAGCUGAUGGCCGUGUGCCUGUCCCAGGACCUGGAGCAGACCCGUCUUGUGUAUGAGCGCGUCACUGUUGGCACGCUGUUCAGCGUUCUCCACGAACGACGGUCCCAGUUCCCGGUGUUGCACAUGGAGGUGAUUGUGCACCUGUUGCUCCAGGUCUCUGACGCACUGAGAUACCUGCAUUCUCGGGGGUUUAUCCAUCGCUCCCUCAGCUCCUAUGCUGUCCACAUUGUUUCCACAGGGGAAGCGAGGCUGACCAACCUAGAGUACAUGAUGGAAAGCCGGGAUGGAGGUGUGCACAGGGACCUGACUCGAGUACCCCUCCCUACCCAGCUGUAUACCUGGGCUGCACCAGAAGUUAUCUUACAGAAGGCAGCCACAGUGAAGUCGGACAUCUACAGCUUUUCUAUGAUCGUACAGGAGAUUUUAACAGACAACAUACCCUGGAAUGGCUUAGAUGGAUCAGUUAUUAAAGAAGCUAUAGUCUUGGGAAAUUAUUUAGAAGCUGAUGUCAGGCUUCCGAAACCUUACUAUGAUAUUGUUAAGUCAGGCAUCCAAGUCAAGCAGAAAGACCGAACUAUGAACCUUCAAGAUAUCCGGUAUAUUCUGAAGAAUGACUUAAAGGAUUUUAUUGGCGCCCAGAGGACUCAGCCAACUGAGGAUCCCAGGGUGCAAAGAUACAAACUCCAUCCUGAUGUCAGUGUCUAUCUAGGACUGACUUCAGAACAUCCGAAAGAGAUCCCUGACUUGGAAAUCAAAGAGCUGAAGGAAACAGGCAGUCAGCCUCAUUCACCUAGGAGUCCCUUUUCUCCCAUUGAGAAAGGAGUACUAAAUCCUCAGCCCCCAGGUCCCAAUCUGGCUGCCAAAGACACUCAGAAUCAAGACAUUUCUUCUGAUCCAUUUGUGGCAGAAGAGGCCAGCAGCCCCAGCCUAGGUCAGGCAAGCCUCUGCAGCUUUGAAAUCAAUGAAAUCUAUUCAGGCUGCCUGAACUUGGGAGAUGACAAAGAGGAAGAGCUUCCAGGAGCUCCUUCAUCUCUUGAGGGGAAUAGACCAAACCAGGCAGAUGAACUGAAGUCCAUGGAAGAAGAGUUGGAUAAAAUGGAGAGAGAGGCAUGCUGUUUUUGUGAUGAGGACGAGAGUUCUUCAGAAGCUGACACAGAGCUCUCCUUUGAGGACUGGGACCAGCAAAAUGGUUCGUUUAGUUCACUCAGCCUACCUGAGCCAACUAGAGAAGUCAAGGGCAAUGUAAACAACAGGUCCAUGACUGAGGAAUACAUCAGUAAGUGUGUGCUCAAUCUAAAGAUUGCACAGACAUUAAUGCACCAGAAUGCCAGUUUGCUGAAGAAUACGCAACAGAAAAUAAAUAAACUUGAGAUGAUACAGAAGGAGCAGGAAGAGCACAGGUCUUUUUGGGCUACUUCAAGAGAGUUUGUAAAUGUCUACAAUUUGCCUUCAGCCCUGGGUCCUCCAGCUUCAAGUUACAUUCCUCCUGUUGUGCAGCAGUCAGGGGGCCAGCAGCCAGACAUCAGAGUCAACUGUCCAACCCUAGAAAGGUUUCCGAGAACACUGCUGACUCUUUGUGGCCCUGGAAAGCAGAACACAGGUAAACAAUUUCAGCCCUCUCAAGAAGCCAAGGAUAGUUUGGAAAGAAGCAGGAACCAACAUACCAGUAGCCAAGGAAGACCUAGAGAGUUCAAUGCCCAAGCCAAAGUCACAGAGCUAAAUAGUGCAUUCUCCACUGUGUCAAGCCACCAGCAGGGACUGGGUAGGUCACCCAGCCCUCAGCAGGAUGCUACCCGGAUCAGUGUGGAAUCUAUGUCUUCUCAAAUCUAUAAUACAAAAUCAAGAAAUAAUGAAGAUGAUGGAGCGGUACACUUAAGAUGGAAAAUGGAGGUGAAAGAAAUAGCAGAGAAAGUAGCUACUGGGCAGCUCACAGUACCUCCUUGGCAUCUUCAGAGUAGUUUGACUUUAGACAAUGAGGCUGAAAAUGGGCCUGAUCCCCUGCUGAAGCCUCCCGUUAGGGGCCCCAAGAACAUGGAUUGGCAGCAAGUUAUAGAGUAUCACAAGGAAAAUGAUGAGCCAGGAAGAAAUGGCAAGUUCGACAACAUGCACAACAGUGACCAUGAGAGUGACUUGCAUGGCAGACAGCCUGGGCCUCAAAACUUCACCAGUAUCAGGCAACCAUCUCCUGGAAAAAAUGAGCAACUAGAGCAUAGUGAAGACUUUCAAGCCAGUUCUGAUGCUGUGGUCACUGAGAAAUCUUACAGUGAUCAGUCCGUGCAAUCAACUUGUUCACCUGAGUCUUCUGAGGAUAUAACAGAUGAAUUUUUAACUCCAGACCAUGAAUAUUUUUACUCCUCACCCACUCAAGAAAACUUGGUACUAGAGACCUCAAGUCCCAUUGAAGAGGACUUUGAAGGAAUACAAGGCGCAUAUGCCCAGCCUCAAGCCUCUGGUAAGGAAAAGUUCCAAGUGACAAAAAUUCUUGAAAAGAAUGCUGAGAUUUUGAACAGGUCUCACUUUCAACCUAUACGAAGUACUGAAGGCGAACAAGAAGAGAUAUUAAAGGAGUCACCAAAGGAACUGAAAGAGAAAGACAUAUCACUGAUAGAUAUUCAAGACCUGUCUAGUAUUUCCUAUGAACGAGAUAGCUCUUUUAAGGAAGUCUCCUGCAAAACACCCAAAACAAACCAUGCACCUACUAGUGUCAGCACUCCGCUCAGCCCAGGGUCAAUUUCUUCAGCUGCCAGUCAGUAUAAAGACUGCCUUGAAAGUAUAACAUUUCAGGUUAAAACACAGUCUACCUCUUGGAAGAAUAGUCAAGAAUCUAUUCAGACUUUGUCUGAUAAAUCUGUAGCUGUCCAAGAGAAAGCAAAGAACUUAGAUUCUCUGCUGACUUCCUCUGAAACUCUCCCUUCAAGACUAACUGAUCUUAAAAGAUUGUCUGCAUUUACUGGGGCUGGUUCUUCUAGCAUUGCUAAUGCAUCUGACAUAACACCCCAUGCCAUCCAGAGAAGGAGCCUGCCUAAAGUAGAAGCCAUCUCACAGCAUCACGUUGAUGAGCUACCACCACCUUGUCAGGAGCUACUUGAUGAAAUUGAGCACUUGAAGCAGCAGCAGGCCUCAUCCAAAGUGUUGCAUGAGAAUACAGCAGGUGAUCCAGGCCUCAGUGCAAAUGAUAAAAGUCACUUAGAAGAACAAGAAACUAACGGUAAUAAAGAAGAGAGUAGUAUACUUUGGACCAAAGAAGCUCAGGAUCUAGGAGAGGACACAGAGAGAGCUCAUUCUUCUCUGGAUGAGGACCUGGAAAGAUGGCUGCAGCCACCUGAGGAGACCUUGGAGCUACAGGACCUCCCCAAGGGCUCUACAAGGGAAAUAAAUACCAAGGAUCAAGAAGUUGGUGAAAAGAAGAGAAAAAGGGAAGAAAGCAUCAAGCCAGAGAGAAGGAAAUCAGAGAGCUUUUUAGGGACUUCUGAAGAAGAUGAACUAAAACCCUGUUUUUGGAAGCGACUGGGUUGGUCCGAACCAUCCAGGAUAAUCGUGCUGGAUCAGAGUGACUUGUCAGACUGACUGGAACUGGAUCGUAGAUGGAC